AUGUUUUUAUAUUUUUUAUUUGUUAAUUUAUGUUUAUUGUCAAUAAAUUUUGCUGAUGAUCCUAGUCGAUUACCGACUAAAUGUGAAGUUUGCAAGUUACUUGCUCAAGAAUUAACUGAAAAUUUCCAAGCACAUAAUAGUCCAAGUGUUAUUGAAACUAGCUAUUCACUUGAUAAUAAACAACCGAAAAGAACUAAAUAUAGUGAAUCAGAAACACGUUUAAUUGAAACACUGGAAAAUGUUUGCGACCGAUUUCUUAAGUACAAUGUUCAUGCCGAACGUCCUGGCUCAUUGCGUUAUGCUCGUGGUCGAUCACAAACAAUGGAAACUCUAUGGAAUUUACGGAACAAAGGCGUGAAAGUCGUUUUAGAUGUUCCCGAUACAAUGUGGGAUGCUCCUUCAGCCGAAAUAACUCAACUAAAAAAAUAUUGUGAAGAAAUGGUUGAAGAACAAGAAGAAAAUAUUGAACAAUGGUAUUUUGACAAACAAGUACGAAAUGAAAUUCCACUCGAAAAAUAUCUUUGCGAAGAUCGAGUAUUGAAAAAUCGAGAUUCAUCUUGUCUUCGAGAAGUAUAUACACCUACAAAUGAAGAAACAACGAAUGCAAAAUCAAAAAGUGAUACGGAAAAGAUUGAUUUGUAA